AUGCCGCAUUACAAGCUCACUUACUUCCCGGCUCGCGCCCUCACCGAGCCAAUCAGGCUUUGUUUCCAUUAUGCGGGCGAGAAAUUCGAGGAUUACCGGAUCCCGAAAGACGCGUUCGCCUCGCUAAAGCCUUGUAAGUUUAGUUGAUCCAUGGUUUUACGGAAUUUUGACCUUGUUUUGUAGAGUAUAACAUAGAAAGAAGGUGAUGGGGAUAUUAUUUUAUACAAAAGUGAUAUAAAUCAACAUUUUAUAGUAAAAACCGAAUAUUUAUAAGGUUCUUGAAGGUGUUCAGAGGUAAAAUACACGGCAAAAACGAGAUAUUACUCGUAUUUUAGCGGUUUAUGGAGGAAAACGUAAAAUUUAGGGAUAAAAAACGUAAAUUGGAAAACACUUGUGAAACUUGCCCAUGUUACAAUUAAGCUGAUGUAGAGGUAAAAUACGUGGUAUCGGACUGUUUCUUCAAUUUCUUAACCUAUUUUUCCCGGAAAAAAUAAGAGUUUUUGUAAUUUUUUUAACAACAGAAGUUCUCAGAGUGCGAUGAGCUAUAUCUCGGUAAAUUUUAGAAAGCUCAAUCUAAAGGGUGAGGUAAAAUACGCCCUGCGGAAGACAGCUUUUGCUAUCCUAGCUGGACUUUUGCAAUAAUAAAAAUACAAUUCUUAUUAAAGACAGAAAAAUUUUGAAUUUAAACAAAGCAAAAUUGCUCUUUGUAGCUCAAAUCAGAAGCAAAGAUGACUUUUAACAAUGUAAAAUACGCCGUGAACAGUUUUUAUUUUAUUUAUUAUCUUAUUAUGCAAAAGAAAAAUGCAAAAAAUUUUUCUGCGUCUGACGGGAAUCGAACCCGUGUCGAUUGCUUGGAAGGCAACCAUGCUGACCAUUACACCACAGACGCACGGGUGUUUCCGCUCUUCUUUUUGAGAGCGGAUCGAAAAGAGUGAGGGAAAUGUGCGGUUUUAGUGAUAAAUGCGUAAAAACUGGGACAUUUUUGAUAAAAUUUUGAUUUUUUCUUUGAAAUUUAGCUAGCAAAUGGCAUGAAUUUUACAAUAUAGACAUUUCUUAGACAAUAUAAAAUUAGAAAAAUCAUUUUUCAGAAAUUAAAUUUUUUGAUUUUUGAAGAGCCAUAUCUCCUUUAAUUCUGCAUUAUGCGAUUCAAAAAAUUUUUUGGUUGUCUUAGGACCCAAUAAAAAUUUUUUUGCCAAGUUUCAUCACAAUCCGCAGGAAAUUUUUGAAAUAUUCAAAAAAUUUCAUUUUAGCCACACCUUAUGGCCAACUACCGAUUUUGGACGUGGACGGCCAUCAACUCGUCCAAUCAGGUGCAAUUCUCCGUUAUGUCGCGAGAAAAUUCAAUUUGAUUGGCAAAAAUGAGUGGGAAACGGCCAAAGCCGAUGAGAUUUGGUGCUUUUUCUACGAUUCGGUGAGAGCCCAUAUAAGAUACACUCAUUUGAAAGGAGGGAAACCCGAUUUCCCGGAGGAUACGGAGGUAAAUUUGGAGAUUUUUUGAUUUUUUUUGGAAAAAUUUAAAAAAAAAAUUUUGAUGACUAAAAUAAUAUAAAGUGGAUAUGAAAAAAAAAAUAAUUUUUUGAAGCAAAUCCGCGAUUGUCUUCAUGAGGCGGUGGAUUUUGUUUUGACAAGCGUUUUUUGCCUCAACGACAAGACUAACCCACCAUCGGUCCUUCCUAACAUACUAACCAAGGUAUGGAUACUGUCAUUUUAGCGUGAGCUUCAGUCAGAACUAACCCCCUGCGCUUGUUUUUUUACUAACUACUAACACAACUAGAAUUGCUUUUAGUAAUAACAAAAUAAAUUGAAAUAUUUUGGUUUCUGCACAGUGCAAAAAAAAGAAAGUUUUGAUUGCACUGUGCGAAGAAAUGAAAACCAUUUGCUGCACUGUGCGGUGGGAAAAUUGAAGAAGAAUCUAUUGCACAGUGCAAUAAAGCAACGAUGAUUUUUUGCUCUGCACAAUGAAAAAUAUUCCAACAUUUUGCACAGUGCAGCAAGAAAUCAGACAAAUUUUCUGCACCGUGCAAAAAAAAUAAAUAAUUUUUUUUGCACGGUGCAGUAAAAAAUGGUCAAAAUGUUGCACAGUGCAGCAAAAAAGUUUCAAAAUCUUGCACCGCGCAACAAACCACUCAGAUUUUUUGCACGGUGCAAUAAAAAAAGUGAUUUAUUUUUUUGCACAGUGCGGUAAAAAAAGUACCCUAAAUUCUCACUCGGUGCAAGAAAAAAAUAUUUUUUUUUCGCACAGUGCAGCAAACCAGAAAUUCAAUUUUGCGCAGUGCAAAAAAAAAUUAUUUUUUUGACACAGUGCGGAAAAAACAUUCGAAAAUUUUGCACCGUGUAACACAAAAAAACCAGUCAGAUUUUUCGCAUAGUGCAACAAAAAACCAGUCACAUUUAUUGCACCGUGCAAUAAAAAACCCAAAAAUUUUGCACUGUGCAAUCAAAACCUCCAAAAAUCUUCAAAAUCUAAUCUUUUCAGGACUCCCUGUACUCCACCAAUUUUCUACCAGUGGCCCAAAAAGCGUUGGCCGUCUAUUCCAGAUUUCUGCAUGAAGCCAACAGUGGAUUCGCCUUGAAAGGAGGCCUUUCUUACGCUGAUUUUGUGAUAGCCGAGCAUGUCCAAACUAUCGAGAAUUUGGAUCCGGCCUUGGCUGCUACUCAUCCAGAUCUUCUGGAUCAUAAAAGAAGAAUUCAUUCGUUGCCUCAGCUUCAACAUUACAUCGCUUCAAGACCUUAUAGUGUUGGAUAA